AUGGCACUAGGUGCCUCUGGUGGGCUUACACUUGCGGCACCAGGACAUUCUGCGACAGGUAGAGGACCUGAAGGCCUAAGUGCACCAAUUGGGGGGCGAGCCGAAAAGGCAGUGGCAGAAAAGAACGCGGCCGAGAAGGCGGAACAGGAAUUAAGGGCCUCAGCAGAGAAGGCUUUGGCAGAAAAGAACGCGGCCGAGAAGGCGGAACAGGAAUUAAGGGCCUCGGCAGAGAAGGCUUUGGCGGAAAAGGACGCGGCUGAGAAGGCGGAACAGGAAUUAAGGGCCUCGGCAGAGAAAGCUUUGGCGGAAAAGGACGCGGCCGAGAAGGCGGAACAGGAAAUAAGGGCCUCGGCAGAGAAAGCUUUGGCGGAAAAGGACGCGGCCGAGAAGGCGGAACAGGAAUUAAGGGCCUCGGCAGAGAAAGCUUUGGCGGAAAAGGACGCGGCCGAGAAGGCGGAACAGGAAAUAAGGGCCUCGGCAGAGAAGGCUUUGGCGGAAAAGGACGCGGCCGAGAAGGCGGAACAGGAAUUAAGGGCCUCGGCAGAGAAAGCUUUGGCGGAAAAGGACGCGGCCGAGAAGGCGGAACAGGCAUUAAGGGCCUCGGCAGAGAAGGCUUUGGCGGAAAAGGACGCGGCCGAGAAGGCGGAACAGGAAUUAAGGGCCUCGGCAGAGAAAGCUUUGGCGGAAAAGGACGCGGCCGAGAAGGCGGAACAGGAAUUAAGGGCCUCGGCAGAGAAAGCUUUGGCGGAAAAGGACGCGGCCGAGAAGGCGGAACAGGAAUUAAGGGCCUCGGCAGAGAAAGCUUUGGCGGAAAAGGACGCGGCCGAGAAGGCGGAACAGGAAUUAAGGGCCUCGGCAGAAAAGGCAGUGGCAGAAAAGAACGCGGCCGAGAAGGCGGAACAGGAAUUAUGGGCCUCGGCAGAGAAGGCUUUGGCGGAAAAGGACGCGGCCGAGAAGGCAGCAGGGGUCUUAAGGGCCUCGGCAGAAAAGGGCCUCGGCAGAGAAGGCUUUGGCGGAAAAGGACGCGGCCGAGAAGGCAGCAGGGGAACAAGGGCCUCGGCAGAAAAGGCAGUGGCAGAAAAGAACGCGGUCGAGAAGGCGGAACAGGAAUUUUGGGCCUCGGCAGAGAAGGCUUUGGCGGAAAAGGACGCGGCCGAGAAGGCGGAACAGGAAUUAAGGGCCUCGGCAGAGAAAGCUUUGGCGGAAAAGGACGCGGCCGAGAAGGCGGAACAGGAAUUAAGGGCCUCGGCAGAGAAAGCUUUGGCGGAAAAGGACGCGGCCGAGAAGGCGGAACAGGAAUUAAGGGCCUCGGCAGAGAAGGCUUUGGCGGAAAAGGACGCGGCCGAGAAGGCGGAACAGGAAUUAAGGGCCUCGGCAGAGAAAGCUUUGGCGGAAAAGAACGCGGCCGAGAAGGCGGAACAGGAAUUAAGGGCCUCGGCAGAGAAAGCUUUGGCGGAAAAGGACGCGGCCGAGAAGGCGGAACAGGAAUUAAGGGCCUCGGCAGAAAAGGCAGUGGCAGAAAAGAACGCGGCCGAGAAGGCGGAACAGGAAUUUUGGGCCUCGGCAGAGAAGGCUUUGGCGGAAAAGGACGCGGCCGAGAAGGCAGCAGGGGUCUUAAGGGCCUCGGCAGAAAAGGCAGUGGCAGAAAAGAACGCGGCCGAGAAGGCGGAACAGGAAUUUUGGGCCUCGGCAGAGAAGGCUUUGGCGGAAAAGGACGCGGCCGAGAAGGCAGCAGGGGGAUUAAGGGCCUCGGCAGAAAAGGCAGUGGCAGAAAAGAACGCGGCCGAGAAGGCGGAACAGGAAUUUUGGGCCUCGGCAGAGAAGGCUUUGGCGGAAAAGGACGCGGCCGAGAAGGCGGAACAGGAAUUAAGGGCCUCGGCAGAGAAAGCUUUGGCGGAAAAGGACGCGGCCGAGAAGGCGGAACAGGAAUUAAGGGCCUCGGCAGAGAAAGCUUUGGCGGAAAAGGACGCGGCCGAGAAGGCGGAGCAGGAAUUAAGGGCCUCGGCAGAGAAAGCUUUGGCGGAAAAGGACGCGGCCGAGAAGGCGGAACAGGAAUUAAGGGCCUCGGCAGAGAAAGCUUUGGCGGAAAAGGACGCGGCCGAGAAGGCGGAACAGGAAUUAAGGGCCUCGGCAGAGAAAGCUUUGGCGGAAAAGGACGCGGCCGAGAAGGCGGAACAGGAAUUAAGGGCCUCGGCAGAGAAGGCUUUGGCGGAAAAGGACGCGGCCGAGAAGGCGGAACAGGAAUUAAGGGCCUCGGCAGAGAAAGCUUUGGCGGAAAAGGACGCGGCCGAGAAGGCGGAACAGGAAUUAAGGGCCUCGGCAGAGAAAGCUUUGGCGGAAAAGGACGCGGCCGAGAAGGCGGAACAGGAAUUAAGGGCCUCGGCAGAGAAGGCUUUGGCGGAAAAGGACGCGGCCGAGAAGGCGGAACAGGAAUUAAGGGCCUCGGCAGAGAAGGCUUUGGCGGAAAAGGACGCGGCCGAGAAGGCGGAACAGGAAUUAAGGGCCUCGGCAGAGAAAGCUUUGGCGGAAAAGGACGCGGCCGAGAAGGCAGCAGAGGAAUUAAGGGCCUCGGCAGAAAAGGCAGUGGCAGAAAAGAACGCGGCCGAGAAGGCGGAACAGGAAUUUUGGGCCUCGGCAGAGAAGGCUUUGGCGGAAAAGGACGCGGCCGAGAAGGCAGCAGGGGUCUUAAGGGCCUCGGCAGAAAAGGCAGUGGCAGAAAAGAACGCGGCCGAGAAGGCGGAACAGGAAUUUUGGGCCUCGGCAGAGAAGGCUUUGGCGGAAAAGGACGCGGCCGAGAAGGCAGCAGGGGGAUUAAGGGCCUCGGCAGAAAAGGCAGUGGCAGAAAAGAACGCGGCCGAGAAGGCGGAACAGGAAUUUUGGGCCUCGGCAGAGAAGGCUUUGGCGGAAAAGGACGCGGCCGAGAAGGCGGAACAGGAAUUAAGGGCCUCGGCAGAGAAAGCUUUGGCGGAAAAGGACGCGGCCGAGAAGGCGGAACAGGAAUUAAGGGCCUCGGCAGAGAAAGCUUUGGCGGAAAAGGACGCGGCCGAGAAGGCGGAACAGGAAUUAAGGGCCUCGGCAGAGAAAGCUUUGGCGGAAAAGGACGCGGCCGAGAAGGCGGAACAGGAAUUAAGGGCCUCGGCAGAGAAAGCUUUGGCGGAAAAGGACGCGGCCGAGAAGGCGGAGCAGGAAUUAAGGGCCUCGGCAGAGAAAGCUUUGGCGGAAAAGGACGCGGCCGAGAAGGCGGAACAGGAAUUAAGGGCCUCGGCAGAGAAAGCUUUGGCGGAAAAGGACGCGGCCGAGAAGGCGGAGCAGGAAUUAAGGGCCUCGGCAGAGAAAGCUUUGGCGGAAAAGGACGCGGCCGAGAAGGCGGAACAGGAAUUAAGGGCCUCGGCAGAGAAGGCUUUGGCGGAAAAGGACGCGGCCGAGAAGGCGGAACAGGAAUUAAGGGCCUCGGCAGAGAAGGCUUUGGCGGAAAAGGACGCGGCCGAGAAGGCGGAACAGGAAUUAAGGGCCUCGGCAGAGAAAGCUUUGGCGGAAAAGGACGCGGCCGAGAAGGCGGAACAGGAAUUUUGGGCCUCGGCAGAGAAGGCUUUGGCGGAAAAGGACGCGGCCGAGAAGGCAGCAGGGGUCUUAAGGGCCUCGGCAGAAAAGGCAGUGGCAGAAAAGAACGCGGCCGAGAAGGCGGAACAGGAAUUUUGGGCCUCGGCAGAGAAGGCUUUGGCGGAAAAGGACGCGGCCGAGAAGGCAGCAGGGGGAUUAAGGGCCUCGGCAGAAAAGGCAGUGGCAGAAAAGAACGCGGCCGAGAAAGCGGAACAGGAAUUUUGGGCCUCGGCAGAGAAGGCUUUGGUGGAAAAGGACGCGGCCGAGAUGGCAGCAGGGGUCUUAAGGGCCUCGGCAGAAAAGGCAGUGGCAGAAAAGAACGCGGCCGAGAAGGCGGAACAGGAAUUUUGGGCCUCGGCAAAGAAGGCUUUGGCGGAAAAGGACGCGGCCGAGAAGGCGGAACAGGAAUUAAGGGCCUCGGCAGAGAAAGCUUUGGCGGAAAAGGACGCGGCCGAGAAGGCGGAACAGGAAUUAAGGGCCUCGGCAGAGAAAGCUUUGGCGGAAAAGGACGCGGCCGAGAAGGCGGAACAGGAAUUAAGGGCCUCGGCAGAGAAAGCUUUGGCGGAAAAGGACGCGGCCGAGAAGGCGGAGCAGGAAUUAAGGGCCUCGGCAGAGAAAGCUUUGGCGGAAAAGGACGCGGCCGAGAAGGCGGAACAGGAAUUAAGGGCCUCGGCAGAGAAGGCUUUGGCGGAAAAGGACGCGGCCGAGAAGGCGGAACAGGAAUUAAGGGCCUCGGCAGAGAAGGCUUUGGCGGAAAAGGACGCGGCCGAGAAGGCGGAACAGGAAUUAAGGGCCUCGGCAGAGAAAGCUUUGGCGGAAAAGGACGCGGCCGAGAAGGCGGAACAGGAAUUUUGGGCCUCGGCAGAGAAGGCUUUGGCGGAAAAGGACGCGGCCGAGAAGGCAGCAGGGGUCUUAAGGGCCUCGGCAGAAAAGGCAGUGGCAGAAAAGAACGCGGCCGAGAAGGCGGAACAGGAAUUUUGGGCCUCGGCAGAGAAGGCUUUGGCGGAAAAGGACGCGGCCGAGAAGGCAGCAGGGGGAUUAAGGGCCUCGGCAGAAAAGGCAGUGGCAGAAAAGAACGCGGCCGAGAAAGCGGAACAGGAAUUUUGGGCCUCGGCAGAGAAGGCUUUGGUGGAAAAGGACGCGGCCGAGAUGGCAGCAGGGGUCUUAAGGGCCUCGGCAGAAAAGGCAGUGGCAGAAAAGAACGCGGCCGAGAAGGCGGAACAGGAAUUUUGGGCCUCGGCAAAGAAGGCUUUGGCGGAAAAGGACGCGGCCGAGAAGGCGGAACAGGAAUUAAGGGCCUCGGCAGAGAAAGCUUUGGCGGAAAAGGACGCGGCCGAGAAGGCGGAACAGGAAUUAAGGGCCUCGGCAGAGAAAGCUUUGGCGGAAAAGGACGCGGCCGAGAAGGCGGAACAGGAAUUAAGGGCCUCGGCAGAGAAAGCUUUGGCGGAAAAGGACGCGGCCGAGAAGGCGGAACAGGAAUUAAGGGCCUCGGCAGAGAAAGCUUUGGCGGAAAAGGACGCGGCCGAGAAGGCGGAACAGGAAUUAAGGGCCUCGGCAGAGAAAGCUUUGGCGGAAAAGGACGCGGCCGAGAAGGCGGAACAGGAAUUAAGGGCCUCGGCAGAGAAAGCUUUGGCGGAAAAGGACGCGGCCGAGAAGGCGGAGCAGGAAUUAAGGGCCUCGGCAGAGAAAGCUUUGGCGGAAAAGGACGCGGCCGAGAAGGCGGAACAGGAAUUAAGGGCCUCGGCAGAGAAGGCUUUGGCGGAAAAGGACGCGGCCGAGAAGGCGGAACAGGAAUUAAGGGCCUCGGCAGAGAAGGCUUUGGCGGAAAAGGACGCGGCCGAGAAGGCGGAACAGGAAUUAAGGGCCUCGGCAGAGAAAGCUUUGGCGGAAAAAGACGCGGCCGAGAAGGCAGCAGGGAAAUUAAGGGCCUCCGCAGAAAAGGCAGUGGCAGAAAAGAACGCGGCCGAGAAGGCGGAACAGGAAUUUUGGGCCUCGGCAGAGAAGGCUUUGGCGGAAAAGGACGCGGCCGAGAAGGCAGCAGGGGUCUUAAGGGCCUCGGCAGAAAAGGCAGUGGCAGAAAAGAACGCGGCCGAGAAGGCGGAACAGGAAUUUUGGGCCUCGGCAGAGAAGGCUUUGGCGGAAAAGGACGCGGCCGAGAAGGCAGCAGGGGUCUUAAGGGCCUCGGCAGAAAAGGCAGUGGCAGAAAAGAACGCGGCCGAGAAGGCGGAACAGGAAUUUUGGGCCUCGGCAGAGAAGGCUUUGGCGGAAAAGGACGCGGCCGAGAAGGGGGCAGGUGAAUUUAGGGCCUCGGCAGAGAAGUUAGUGGUGGAAAAGGCCGCGGCGGAGAAUAGUUUCUAAAAUAGAAUAGGUUCUAAAAUAGUUUCCGAAAACUUUUUGUUUCCUCUAGAAUACAGAUCAAGGAUCAUUGGCGCACGUGGAUCAAAAAUUAAAUAAUUGGAGGGUUAGUUUAGGGUUUUGAUUAAGUUGAGGAGUGAUGUCGGAGAGUCAAGUAAUUUAGGAACAUAAUCAACCACAGGCAUUAUGUUCCUGGAGGGUGAGAAAGAUAAUGUGGACGCCUUAAAAAAGGAAAUUUAAAAUUUAAUUACAGGGUGGAAGCAAAAUGACUUGAGGCAAGAAAGACCUUUUCUUUAUCAAAGACAACAGGACUUAGAAAUUGUGCAUUAACAAUUAUUUGUUCCCAACAUAUUUUAUAAACGUUUAUUUGGCCCCCAAGGCGCAACAAUAAUGAAAUUUGAACAAAAAUAUGGAGUAAAGAUUGAUAUAAUGAAAAAUGAAAAUAAUUAAAUUGUGAUCUCAGGCAAGUAAAGUAGUGUAGAGAGCUGUAAGGCCGAAAUAUAAAAGUUUCUCUUUGAGAUAUGACCGCCGCCAUGACUGAUGGAUGCCUAUUACUGUUACCCACUUGAGCUGGACGGUAGAGGGGCGGUCUCGUGUCAUGCAAGUCUGCAUUUAAUUCCCGACUGUCACAGUGGUGGGGCACCAUUCCUACCCACGCCCCCCCUGUCCUAUCCCAAGUUCUUACCCUGACCCCUUUCAAGUGCUUUAUAGGCG